CUUUGCCUCCGGUAGACCAUCGAACUGACUAGAAUCAUUUAUAGUAUUUAAGAUAUUAAUGUAUGAAUCACGUUAAAUCAAUUUGAGCAUUUCAUCUAUGGUUUCUAUCUUGUUUUUUUUUUGUAUUACACGUAAACACUGUGUAUCUCAGCUUAUAGUUUAGUUAGUUUUGAAUCUUUGCCGUGCGAGUUAUACAAGAUACAUAUAAAUCAAUUUGAGCAUUGCAUCAGUGACCGACAACAACAAAACAAUUGGUUAUAUUGUAUAAUAUGUAUUGUAUCGUUUUCUGUUUCUCUUCUACCAAAUAAUGAAAUCAUUCGGCCAGGACACUCCCUCUUAUGAGGCAAAUGAAGCAUUUGCUUCAAGCCACAACAAUAUAUUUCUAUAUUAAAAGGCCACAUGUUAGAAAAUGCACUGUGAUCAAUUGGCUACAUAUGUAUUCUUAGACCAUAAGCUCUCUCUAGAUUCAGCCUUUCUGCAACUUAUUUUGUUUCUAUUUACUUUUAGCGUGUAACUUAUAUUGUGUUACUUUAACAGUGUUAGAGCAACAUUAAACGUGAAUGUGCACAAAAAAAGUUCUAACUAACAUAAUAAUAGUAUUUUAAUAAUUUUUAGUUAUGUUAUUAAAAUUUAUUUUGUUAAAAAAAUAUAAACCACUAGAAAUUAAACACUUGUACACUUUAAUUAGAAGACCGAUUCUUCAAACUCUAGAUAAAUUAUCUAGACCGGUUCUAAACUGUUCAUAUUUUUUUUUCUGAAUUAUUAUUUUUCUCUAGAACUCAUCUACAAACCAUGGUUAGAGGUGCUCUUAGAUCAUUUUCUUUUUCUUUAAUGCAUAAUUUUCUGCAACUCAUUUAGGUUUUUAGAAUGCAACAUUUUUAAAUGCUUUAAGCCACUUAAAACUAUGGCCCGCCAUUGCAUUCGGCCAUGGUUAACCAGGAAAAACCACUAGGCUAAGAAGAUUAAGGGACUGAAAAGAUUGACUCAUGUCAACUAUGACUGCUUUGCAGAAUACAUACUUCUUAUGUUUUUUUUUUAAAUUCUAACUAUUCUAACUUUUUCAUAUUCUCUGAUGGACGGAGCCAUAUUAAAAAAUCUUUUAAAUUUGUCUAAUAAACAUGUUUUUCAAGUAAUUUUAUCAUCUUGUAGCAGAAGAGAUAAAAAAAAAACAUUUGUAGAACACAGUGCUAAAAUGUUAAAUUCGCUUCUAAAUGUUCUUAUAUAUAUUCACUUCUAAAAUCGUUUAUUGUGUGUGUUUAAAUGUGCAAUGACAAGAUCACACUAUCACACAUAUUUUAGGGUUGUUAUAUAUUCACACCACCACCACCAAUGGCAUAGCCUUGUGCCAAGGUCAUUACAAAUUUUACAACUAAAUCUAAUUUUUAAAGUCUACUAUAAUGUUCGAAAUAUAAUGAUAUUUAUAUUUUAGCGUGACCUAGAUCAUAUAGGCUAAUAUUGAAGUAGCCGGUUUAGACAUUUGGCGUUGUUAAUAAAAAAUCCUAUAACAUUGGAUACUCUGUUUUCUCUAUGCAUAAAAACAAAUUAAUUGUAUCCGACAACAUUCAGCUAGAAUACUAAAACUAGAACAGAAGAACCUAACAAUCUAUCGUAUGAGUUUUCGGAAAUCAUUGGAACUUGGAUGAGCUGAGAUGUCACGCGUUGUAUAGUCUUAUUAAAGAGAUUACAACUCAUUGUUUUGUAAAGUAGCUGGACAAAACAUUCGUCUUGUCUCCAAAUUUUAAAGAGGUAAUAUAUAUGGUUUUGGACCUUUGGUGGCCCUUAAAUUAUCAAAAAUGUAUUAAAAUUUGUAGUAAAAUGUUUAUACAACUGUAGAAUUUCAUGGUGGUUCCUGUUAGGCGAUAACCUACAAUCAAAACAUGAAUCACCACAUAACAUAAACUUUAAUAACAUUGGAUACUCUCUUCUCUAUAUAUAAGAACAAUCUGUACCCGGCAACAUUCAGGUAAAAAUUUCACCAAAAACAUUCAGGUAAAAAAUUACUAAAAAUGGAACAAAAGAACCUAACAAUCUAUCAUAUGAGUUUUCAGAAAUCAUUGGAACUUGGAUGGGAUGAUGAGAUGUCGCGCGUUGUAGUUUUAUUAAAUAAUUCACUUUUUCAAAGAGAUAAUACAACUCAUUUGCCUUUUGUAAAGUAGCGUAUAUUACGUGAAUGUAAUGAUCAAAAGCAGAUGUUCGGCGGCAUGCACAUGCCACACAUGCUCAACAAGAAUCUAUCAGAACUUUUAAACAUCACGCGGUUUUUGAUUAGCGGCGCCACACACCGUGCCGUUCUCUUCUUCUGGAUAACCCCUCCCUUACGUAACUUAGCUUCCAAUUCCAAGCGAAUAAGUCAGCAGCCCACUACCUUUUUUCACCAUUGUACUUUUCUUUUGGCUAUUCUUCACGUUUUUACAUUCUUGCGAAUUUUGACAAAGUGUAUAUAUAUAAAGCUAAUUACUCUAAUUUCAAGUACAUUUUUGAGGGAUGCAAGUAAAUAAAAUAAAAUAAAAAACGAGUGUACGAUGUACUAAUAAAAUAAAAAAAUAGGAAAAUUAAUUAAAAGCCAAGGUAUUUGACUUUGACCAGACACUUGACAGCCGUCUUCUCUCUGUUGUUUCCGUGUUCUUACCCAAAACCAGAGGAAAGUCCACUAAACACCAUACAUUAAAAACCAUAUAAUAAAAAUUACUAGUUUAAAUCCAGUUGAUCUCUUCCAUAUAGUUUCACUCGUUAAUAUACUUGUAUGUAUAUAUGCGUGUGUAUCUAAAAGUCUCUUUAAAUCAUUCUCAAGACACCCACCUCUCUUAUCCUUCCUCCCCAAGAAAAGUUUCCUCUGAAUUUUCUCUCUGAUUGCCUAAAAACGUCACCUAAGUUGAUCAAACCUUUCAUCAAAAUUAAAAACUUUGGUUCUGGGUUUUGCUUUGUUGAGCCAGAGAUGGUGCAGUAUCAUAGAUUAAUCAUCCACCAUGGAAGAAAAGAAGAGAGGUUUAGAGUUUCUGUAGAGGAAGUUGGUAGCUUGAAGAAAGCUAAACAAAAGUUCCUCUCUUUUCUCUUCCUCACGAUCCUCUCUUGCUGUUUCAUCGUGUCUCCUUAUCUCUUUGGCUUCUCAACUCUCUCUCUCUUAGAUUCUUUUAGCAGAGAAAACGAAGCUCUUAGUUCUUAUGAGCCAGCCCCUGUCUGCUUAGAAGUCUCCAAUGGAACCAUAUGCUGUGACAGAACCGGUUUGAGAUCAGACAUCUGUGUAAUGAAAGGCGAUAUUCGAACAGACUCUGCUUCUUCAUCACUCAUCCUCUUCACCUCCACCAAUAACACCACAACCCCUCAAAAGAUCAAACCCUACACCAGAAAAUGGGAGACUAGCGUGAUGGACACGGUUCAAGAACUCAACCUAAUCCCCAAACACUCAAACAAAUCAUCAGACCGUGUCUGCGAUGUCUACCACGAUGUCCCCGCAGUGUUCUUCUCCACGGGUGGAUACACUGGAAACGUGUAUCACGAGUUCAACGACGGGAUCAUCCCGUUGUUUAUAACCUCACAGCAUUACAACAAGAAAGUUGUGUUUGUGAUCGUUGAGUAUCAUGACUGGUGGGAGAUGAAGUACGGAGAUAUCGUCACGCAGCUCUCUGAUUAUCCAUUGGUUGACUUUAAUGGAGAUUCAAGAACGCAUUGUUUCAAGGAAGCAACGGUUGGGUUACGCAUACACGACGAGUUAACAGUGAACUCCACGCUGAUGAGUCACGGUAACAAAACCAUUGUUGACUUCAGAAACGUUUUGGACCGUGCUUACACGCAUCGUAUCCAAAGCUUGGUUCAAGAGGAAACAAAAACAAAACUUGACUCCAAGAAGCCGAAGCUGGUGAUAUUGUCAAGGAACGGGUCAAGAGCGAUACUAAACGAGGACCUUCUCGUCAAGCUAGCGGAAGAGACAGGGUUCAAUGUCGAGGUUCUAAGACCUAACAAAAGAACGGAGAUGGCUAAGAUCUAUCGUUCGAUGAACACAAGCGAUGUAAUGAUCGGUGUGCAUGGAGCUGCGAUGACUCACUUCCUCUUCUUGAAACCUAAAAGUGUUUUCAUUCAGAUAGUUCCCUUAGGGACUGAUUGGGCGGCUGAUACGUACUAUGGCGAGCCAGCAAAGAAGCUAGGGUUGAAGUAUAUUGGUUACAAGAUUAUGCCGCAAGAAAGCUCUUUAUACUAUGAGUAUGGUAAAGAUGAUCCUGUCAUCAGAGAUCCGGAUAGUCUCAAUGAUAAAGGAUGGGAAUAUACUAAGAAAAUCUAUCUACAAGGACAGAACGUGAAGCUUGACUUGAGAAGAUUUAGAGAGACGUUAGCUCGUUCUUAUGAUUUCUCUAUUAGACGGAGAGUUAGAGAGGAAGUUCCUCAUUUGUUUGUUUCAUAGAGAAGAGUAAGAAGAGAGUAUAACAUUUUUUUGUAAAGUUUUUUAAAAACAUUUUAUUCAUUUUUUUAAAAGUAUUUGGUGUAUGACAUAAUUAAUUUUUCACUCAUCAGCAUAUAGUUUAACUUCAUUCUA